UUUCGGUCUUCUUUCGGGAUUCCUGGCAGUGUUAGUAAAGAAAUCGAUGUACGGGCGUCUAGGCCAUACCUUCGAGCGAAACAAGAAAUCGAUGAAUCUACAAUGAAUCGACUUCAGAGUGAAUUCGACAACACCAUCAAGCCAUGCGUGCUCGCGGCCCGAUUUGAUGGUGAUAAGGUCUUCUUUGUGCUGCACCCAUUCCCAUUCAUCUUCCAUCAGCGGUUUUCGGUUAUGCAGAUACAUGCCCAGGUUUUGACGAUCUGCUUCAGCAGGCUUCGCGAAAGAGAGCAUCUUUUGACUCGCAUUGAGGAGGUCUGUGUAUGCGCAAAAGGUUGUUUCAGCACUAGCCAGAUCGAUUGAAUCCAUCCAAAGCGUCGAUAUAUCGCAAAUCCAUCAUCACUGUCUAAAAAAGCCGCGACAUUGGGAUAGCCUUUAGCGGCAUCAUUGACUGUCUUUAUCAGUAUAAAGAAGCUCGAAAAUAUAAGAAACGGAAGUCUAAACUCACUUUGAGCUUUGCCUAUCGUAGUAGACUGCGACAGCGUUUCUGCGUUGCUUCUGGGGAAUGGCUGGAAAGCGGGACAUUGAAGUAGAUGAAAUAGGAACCUGACUUGGUGGAAGGAAAGAAUAAAAAUCUUGAACAUAUGCGCCGAAAGUGUUGCAUUUAUAGAUGAAUUCCA